AUGCCAACUUCACACCCGAGCGCGACGACCAAUUCACCUGUAAAGCUAAAGUUUGAUGAUAAGCUUACGGGACGAGGAUUAAGCAGCGAAGGCCUGCAACGCAAGCUCAAAUCACUACUCGAUGAGUUGAGCUCUAUCACCGAGUCCGAACCCGAGAAUAUCGACCUGGCGUCGUUUGCCACUGUCCGAAAGGAUCUCGUCGGACCGUCGCUCAUGCUUCACAAAGACAAGGGCGUCAAGGCGUAUACAGCAUGCUGUAUUGCUGAGCUCCUAAACAUUUACGCACCCGACGCGCCCUACACGGCUGGAGAACUCAAGGACAUCUUCCAAUUCUUCUUUAGACAGCUUUUGAGUGGACUCAAGGGCCCGGACGCGCCUUACUACCAGCUCUACCACGAUUUGCUCUCGUCACUCUCUCGGACGAAGAGUGCCGUGUUGGUGUGCGACUUGCCCCAAGCGGAUGAUCUGCUUGUCGAGAUAUUCAGAGACUUUUUCACUCUUGCCGCGCUUGGCCUACCCACGACGAUUGAAGCAUACAUGGCCGAUAUCAUGGCUGCACUUUUGGACGAAUGUCAGACUGUGCCAUCAGAGGUGGCAGACAUUCUCAUCAAGCAAUUCAGUACAAAGAAAUCGGCCACGUCCGUGCCCGCCUUUCGAGUUGCAGUCGAAGUCUGCAACGCAUCAUCAGACAAGUUGAUUCGUCCCGUCUGCCAAUACUUUACCGAUGCGAUUGUUCAGCAUCCACAAUCGGAUCAUGAAGACGGUGACGACGGAGACGGCGAGCGAGAUGUUGAUGCGCUUCGUGCGGCACAUACACUCGUGAAGCGAAUACAAAAGUACUGCCCAAAGCUUCUUCUCAACGUCAUACCGCAAAUGCACGAAGAGUUGCAGGUCGACAACACAGAGGUUCGCACACUUGCGACGCAGACACUUGGAGAGAUGUAUGCAGAGACUCAUGGAAGUGAUCUCAUGCGAGAAUAUCGGAGUACCUGGGUUCUGUGGGUUGCACGAAAGAAUGACAAGAUUCCGGCGAUUCGACUUGUCUUUGUGAGUGUUGCAAAGAAGCUCAUAGGAAACCCAGACAUGCGAAAUGAUAUCAACGAUGCAAUGUUGGCGAAAGCCCUGGAUCCCGACGAUAAAGUCCGUGCCGCCGUAUGUAAAGCAUAUGGCGAGCUGGACUUUGAAAUGUCAGCGUAUCACGCCAGUGAAAAGAUGUUGCGGACCAUUGCUGGUCGGUGCUUGGAUAAGAAGCAUACUGUAAGGCUAGAGGCGUUCGACACGAUUGGGAGACUUUACAGUCAGGCUCGUCCAGAGAUCGAGAAAGGCAACCCGACUGCCAUCUCACAGUUUGGGUGGAUCCCAUCUCAGCUUAUACAUGCCAGCGGCACGACACCAGACGUGGCCUUGGUUGCAGAGGGCAUCAUUGCCAGAGAUAUCCUCCCGCUGCCAUCUAUCAAGGAGGAGAUGGAUGAAAAUGCGUGGACCCAACGAUUACUCUCGAUAAUGGUUGCUGGAGAGCGGAGGACGUUUGAUGGGCUCAUGUUUCUCUCGAGUCUUUCUACUACGCGACCGUCACAGUACCAGGCGUUUGUAGACAGCUGCUUACAAUUCAACGGUGGUACUAUCGACAAGGACGAAGCAGCCGUCAAGACGAAACUACAGCAGGUCAUAAGGCUUAUUGCAGCCGGAUACCCAAACCCCAGUAAAGUCGCAGACGACCUUCAAACAUUUGCAAAACAUCAUGACCGACGACUAUACAAAUAUUUGAGGACUAUAAUGGACAUCGAAACAGAUUUAAAGGGUCUUGUAAAGGCAAAGCAUGAAUUCACCAAAAUUAUUGAAAAAGAUGUUCCAGCCAUUGCUGGGACGAUGGAGGCGUUUAUGCGCAAAAGUUCUCUAUGGAUCGUGAACACAUCAUCUAUUCCGACUUUCCUCGACAUUUUGUCCUCCUCCGGCAAUGCGACCGCGUCACGGAAUGGCCAUAAUACCAACGGUGAUAAGGAUGAAACUAUCAAUGGCAAAUCCGUUGAUUAUGCAAGGGCUACCCUGAACUACAUCUCCAAGUACUGCCCACAAUUGUACUAUCCACACCUACAGCGUCUUGCAAAAGUGGCCCAUUCCAAAGACAACUAUGUUGCACAAGAGUGUGCGCUCAGAGCCCUUGCAAGUGUCGCACGUUUAGGGACGGACCAAUUCCCCAACGAUUCACGCCUGGAUUCUCUGAUGGUCUCACUGGCUGUGAGCAAUAAUCGUACCAACGCCAAAGCUGCUGCCCGCUAUCUUUCCAAUGGGCGAAAUAGCGCAAAACAUUCGUCGAGCUUAGUCGAGAAACUUUGCAAACUUUUGCCAAAAGCCGACGAUGAACAUUUGGUAGCCCACAUCGCGGCGCUUUCAGAGUUUACAAGAUACAGCCCUGACGAAUUCGAGGAAAAGAGCGAAGACAUAGUGCGAUUUUUGUUAAGAGAUUUGGUCCACCGAACGCCGGACGCGGUCUCAAUGGAUAUUGACGAGGAAUCUGAUGCGGCAAAUGAUGGGAAUGAUGCAGAGAAGGUUGCGCAGCCUGUUAUCAAACUCUUGGCAGAUGUGCUUGAUCAGGAUGGCUCGUUUGCACCAAUCAAGGAUCUAGGCCCCGACUACGACCGUCUAAAAGAUCGUCGUGAAGGUGGGCCCCCGGCUCGGAGCUGGAUGCGGUUGAAGGCCGUCAACUGCCUCCUGCGAUUGGCUCGGCAAGACAAGUUGGUCAAGGUGGUCAAUACACGCCUGACAACCAUCGCACUAGUGGCCCAGGACUUUUGUUGGAACGUUCGAAACGCUUUCAUCACUAAAGUUACAGGGCUAUUGAAGAAAAAUCAGAUCAACCCUGUAUUCAACACGGUUGUCUUUCUUACCUGCCAUGAUCCCGAAGAUAACAUUCGAUCAAGGGCUCAAAUUUAUGUUGUUACCAUGAUGCGAAGGCUGAGUCCUCAGCAAAAACUCCGCUGUUUCGAGCAAAUAUUCGUCCGAUAUCUUUACUUGCUCGCUCAUCAUCCGGAUUUUGACACGUCGGAUCACGAAGAAGGCUUGCCAGCUUUAGCCAAAUACAUCGAAUUCUAUCUCGAACUCGUUGCUGACAACGAUAACGUCUCUCUUCUCUUCUACCUUGCUCAGCAACUCAAAACUGUUCGAGAUAAUGACGGAGAUCAGUACUCCGAGAACAUUUAUCUACUGAGUGAACUCGCUGAGUAUAUAAUCAAGCAAUGGGCAGCUAAUCACUCGUGGACUUUGGUGCCCUACCCUGGAAAGGUCUCGAUGCCGCCUGAUAGUUUUACGCUGCUUCCUAUGGAUGUCGCAAAGAGGGUCAGAACCAAGGUUUAUCUGACAGAUGGAAUGAUCGGUUGCUUGUCUGAGGUCGGGAAGAGCCUCAAGCCAGCGCCAGCCAAAAGGAAGCGAAGAGCAGCUGGGUCAGCUAUACCCAAGUCGAGCAAGCGACCGGUGAAGCGAAGAAAGAAGGAGGAAUCAGAUGAAGAAGAUGAAAUAGAAGAAAGUGACGAGGAGAGUGCAGAAUCUGGUGCGGAGCAUCCCGCACCCACUUCAGACGAAGAAAUGGUGUCCGACGUGGAGGAAAGCACGGAGCACAGUCGGUCGAGGUCCCCCGAACUCGGAAGAGGAGCACGUUCCAGAGCCAAAGCCAAGGCCCAACAAAAGACGAAGAAGGGGAAAAAACGCGACGACUUUAGCUUGUACGGCGGUGCCGAAAGCCUCUCAGAGGGCAAGUCAAAAAGAGCCCCACGUCGAACGAUUGUAGAGUCGCAGACGAGUACCCAGCAUGUGCGGCCUCCACAAGAUCCGUCAGACUUUCUUUGGAUCAUGACAGAGGAACCGCAUCGUUCUCGGCGCAUGCAGAUCCUCAAGGCCCAUCCAGAGGUCACCAAGCUCAUGGGACACGAGCCUCUUACAAAAUGGAUCGUCCUGGCCGUCGUGUCGCUGCAAAUUGCUACCGCCUGGACGCUGCGGACCACGUCUCCGCUUUCCCCCUUGUUCAUUCUGGCGGCCUACGCGAUCGGAGGAACAGCAAAUCAUAACUUAUUCCUCGCUAUUCAUGAGAUUACACACAACCUUGCGUUUAAGGGAAUCAAGGCAAACAAGUUUCUGGCAAUGUUUGCAAACUUGCCCAUCGGAAUUCCAUACUCUGUGACUUUCAAGAAAUACCACCUCGAGCACCACAAGCAACUUGGUGUUGACGGAGUCGACACAGAUUUGCCUACCCACCUCGAACUCUUGCUUCUCAACAAUGUCGCAGGGAAAACCUUUUUCUGCACGUUUCAAAUCCUAUUCUACGCUCUUCGUCCUGGCCUAGUCAGGGCACAGCAGUUGACUAGGUGGCACUUUAUCAACAUUGCCGUUCAAAUCAUUUUCGACUAUAUUCUUGUUAAAACAAGCGGUUGGCGCCCGCUUGCAUACCUCAUAAUGUCGAGCUUCUUUGCUGGGAGCCUACACCCGUGCGCUGGCCACUUUAUCGCCGAACAUUAUCUCUGGGAUGGAUUGGAUCAAGAAACUUAUUCCUAUUAUGGCCCUCUUAAUAUUCUUGCAUACAACGUCGGGUACCACAACGAACAUCACGACUUCCCGUCUAUACCCUGGACUAGACUGCCCGCCCUGAAGGCGUUGGCCCCCGAGUUUUAUGAUACUCUCCCCUCGCACCCUAGUUGGCCUAUGGUGAUCAUUAAUUUCAUCCGGGACGCCGAAGUUGGAAUCUUUGCAAGAGCAAAGAGACUUGCCAAGAGCACGGGUGUGACCCCUAUCACUCGUUCUUGCGAACCUUCUGCCGGAAACAGCGAAGACAGCGACAGUGGUUCGGAUUCUAAAAAGACGGAUUGA